CAUCCCGGCCGGUCUGGGCGCAGCGCGAAGGGGGAGGCGGGCGCUGUUCCUGGAAGAGCCCGGCCCGGGGAGUUGGUCACAUUCUUGGCCGGGAUUCAAUGACUGAGGCAGACACCAACAAACAGAGGGGGGGAGGCGGAGGGCGGGAGGCUGAGCCCGCCUGCAUUAGCUCAGCUCUCAGGCACUCUCAGUCACUGCUGGAAAGAGGAGCUGGGAGGAUGUGCGCGCUCUCACCGCGGCUCCCCACGGCACAACGACAGCACCGGCAGAAAUAAGGGAAGGAAGGCGAACCGCGAGGCGAGGAGCCCUCCCAGGCCGAGCAGAGGGAGCUCGAGGGGCAGCGGAGCCGCUCUUUGCCCGUGCGGAGCCCCCGCGCCGCUUUGGCACUGCCGGAGAUCUGGGCCUUUUCUCCUGCGUUGUUCCUUCCACAGAGCGAGCGUGCUGCCUCCUCCUGCUUUUUACUUUCCUCCCCCGCGCCUUCCCUCGGUGGAUAUGGACAGAAGGGGGAUCACUGCAGAGAAGCAGCAGCCGCCAGAACAUAUUUGAGCCCCGGGUGCUCGGAGCGUGGCACAGACUUUUUGUGUUUCUGUGGGUGGUGUGUGUGUGUGUAUGUGUGUGUGUGAGUGAGUGUGUGUGUGUGUUGGAGGUGUGGGAGGAGGGAUUGGUUUGCCUGGGGGUUGGCUGAGGGGGUGAGUGCUCGGAUGAAGACCUCUUUUUGCCGUGAUUCUCUGCUCCAUCGGGGCAGCUUGGAGACUUGGAGGGUUUGAAAUUGUAACGCGAAGCAAGAGGAAAGAAAGAAGAGAGAGACACGCAUACAAAAGGAUUUAUUUCCUCUCCGUUAGUGGAUUGCUGAGUGAGAAGGAGGAAAAACACAAGGAAACUAAAAAAUGGAGACUGUAAGUAGAAGCAGCUUCCAGCCUCAUCCAGGACUGCAGAAGACCUUGGAACAGUUUCAUCUGAGCUCUAUGAGCUCCCUGGGUGGCCCUGCUGCUUUCUCAGCACGAUGGGCACAGGAGAUGUACAAGAAAGACAAUGGCAAAGACCCAGCGGAACCUGUACUGCAUCUGCCCCCGAUCCAGCCUCCUCCGGUCAUGCCUGGUCCCUUCUUCAUGCCCUCGGACAGAUCCACGGAGAGGUGCGAGACCAUCCUGGAAGGGGAAACCAUCUCCUGCUUCGUGGUGGGCGGAGAGAAGCGGCUUUGCUUGCCCCAGAUCCUGAACUCGGUGCUCAGGGACUUCUCCCUGCAGCAGAUUAAUUCGGUGUGUGAUGAGCUACAUAUUUACUGCUCCAGAUGCACUGCUGACCAGCUGGAAAUCCUCAAAGUCAUGGGCAUCCUGCCCUUCUCCGCUCCUUCCUGCGGGCUCAUCACGAAAACUGAUGCUGAGAGGCUUUGUAACGCCUUGCUUUAUGGUGGCACCUAUCCUCCCCACUGCAAGAAGGAAUUCUCUAGCACGAUUGAGCUGGAGCUCACGGAGAAGAGCUUCAAGGUGUAUCAUGAGUGCUUUGGGAAGUGUAAGGGACUCCUGGUGCCAGAGCUUUACAGUAACCCCAGCGCAGCCUGCAUCCAGUGCUUGGACUGCAGGCUCAUGUACCCACCUCACAAAUUUGUGGUGCACUCUCACAAAUCGCUGGAAAACAGGACUUGCCACUGGGGCUUUGACUCUGCAAACUGGAGAUCCUAUAUCCUCCUCAGCCAGGAUUAUACUGGGAAAGAGGAGAAAGCUAGACUGGGCCAGCUCUUAGAUGAAAUGAAAGAAAAAUUUGACUAUAACAACAAAUACAAGAGGAAAGCCCCCCGGGUCUCUUCAGAUCCUCCUGCUUCCAAAAAACCCAAAAUAGAUGACUCUGCUUCCCAAUCUCCAGCUUCUUCUGAGAAGGAAAAACAGUCCAGUUGGUUACGGUCCUUAUCCAGUUCAUCCAAUAAGAGCAUCGGCUGCGUGCACCCCCGGCAGCGCCUCUCCGCCUUCCGGCCCUGGUCCCCCGCGGUGUCAGCCAGCGAGAAGGAGCUCUCCAGCCACCUGCCCGCCCUCAUCCGGGACAGCUUUUACUCCUACAAGAGCUUUGAGAGCGCCGUGGCGCCCAACGUGGCGCUGGCCCCUCCAGCCCAGCAGAAGAUGGUGAGCAACCCCCCCUGUGCCACGGUGGUGUCCCGGGGCAGCGAGGGGCCGGGCGUGGGGCAGCCCAGGAAGAGGAAACACGGCCCCGAGCACUCGGCCGCCCCCGAGGCCGCCGCCAGCGCCGCCAGCACCGCGGCCAGCACAGCCCCUGAGGAGGACAAGGAGUCGGAAGCAGAGAUUGAAGUAGAAACCAGGGAAGAAUUCACCUCCUCCUUAUCCUCGCUCUCCUCCCCAUCCUUCACCUCCUCCAGCUCUGCCAAGGACAUGAGCUCCCCUGGGAUGCAGCCCCCAGCCCCCGUCAACAGCUCCUACGAGGUGGCUGCACACCCUGACCCCCACAGCAGCGGGCUGGAGGCUGAGCUGGAGCACCUCAGGCAGGCCCUGGACAGUGGCCUGGACACCAAAGAAGCCAAAGAGAAGUUCCUGCACGAGGUGGUGAAGAUGAGGGUGAAGCAGGAGGAGAAGCUGAACGCGGCCCUGCAGGCCAAGCGCAGCCUGCACCAGGAGCUGGAGUUCCUCAGAGUGGCCAAGAAGGAGAAGCUGAGGGAAGCGACGGAGGCCAAGCGCAACCUGCGGAAGGAGAUCGAGCGCCUGCGGGCCGAGAACGAGAAGAAGAUGAAGGAGGCGAACGAGUCGCGGAUCCGGCUGAAGCGGGAGCUGGAGCAGGCGCGGCAGAUCCGCGUGUGCGACAAGGGCUGCGAGGCCGGCCGGCUGCGGGCCAAGUACUCAGCACAGAUCGAGGACCUGCAGGUGAAGCUGCAGCACGCCGAGGCCGACCGGGAGCAGCUGCGUGCCGACCUCCUGCACGAGCGGGAGGCCCGGGAGCACCUGGAGAAGGUGGUCAAGGAACUUCAGGAACAGCUGUGGCCCAAAGCCAGCAGCCAGCCCAGCAGUGAGAGCACCUCGAGCCCCAUGGAGAACUGACCCCUCAUCCCCAGCACAGGGAGGGAGAGAGUGGGACUGGGAGUGCACGUGUGAGUAGCGGUGUCCUGGCACACACUUUAGGAAUAUGGAUUCUCAGUAGUUGGAAGGCAAAUGUUGUUACUCUCUAGAACAGAAGCACUGAAUUCCGCCUCUUUUUUUUCCCAAUCCAUAUAGCACAACAUCUUACUGUGCCUAGAAAACACAAAGUGUUUGUAAACAAAAAUACUUUUAAGUCCACAGCAAAUUUUCUACUGGCAAACUCUAAGCAAAGCAGUGUGGUCCAGCUGAACCCAGAGUCCAAGGUGAGCACGGCAGUGGCUUUGUGUUCUCCUGCCUGUUGGAACAUUUUGGAAUUUAAAAACAAACCGACUUUUCUUAUAAGCUAUUUAAAAGAAUUCAUUACACAGACUUGGUAUUAAAAAAAAAAUUAACAAGAUUUUUAUAAUGAACCUUUAAAAACAAAACAAAAAAAAAAAAGACAAAAAAUAAAAAACCUUCGAUGCACAAUUUUUAAUGACUUUAUAGGCUUUGGGAUUCUUUGUGCAGAAGCCCCUCUUGGUGAUGAUGCCAUCCAUGUCAGGAGCAGUUUUCCAGCCAUCUCAGAAGCCAUCGCGGUCCCAUCCCGUCACGUGGGCGUAGGAGAAGUUCCGAGUGCUUUUCCAAGUUGAUUUUUUUCCUUAGAAUGAAUGAUGUCCAUUUCCUGCCCUGGACACAGGAAGAAGGGAAGCUGGAGGAGUGUGCAGGGGAUGAGGGGAGCAGAAGGGCUUGGGUUGAGAGCCCCAGCCCAGCCCCACAGACCCCCCCGUGUUCAGAGACUUCACCCAGGAGCACGUCAGCCUUGGGAAAAGAAAGAGAGAAAGAAGAAAGGAAGGAAAUGGAUGAUCAGUUGGUAGAGGAACAAAGCAGAGACAUCCGUGUGUUGAAGUCAUUCUGAAAUCUUCAGCUUUCAGUUUUCUGGAAAACUCAUCUUGUUGCACCAUCUUACCAUGAAUUCAGUAUUUCCCUGCUUCCAUUCCGAACUGUCAGUCAGGAUUUCUGUGCCCAAGGAGAGUCCAACGUUGCAGUGUCGGAUACUACAGAACAGAAAACCAACAUUUUUGCUGCUGUGAAUAAGCCUACAUCUUUUUUUAAAAAACUUUUUUUGUUUUUAAAAAGAGAAAUUACUUUAAUUUUGGGAUCCAAGCCGUGGCCCCAGGAUACAAUGCAGCAAACCAUCACUGCCUUGGGGGUGGUGCUGAGGUUUUUUAUAUAUAUAUAUUUUUUUUUUUAAAACCUGCACUUUGUCAGAAUCUUACUCUGCAUUUUAUUCCCUGUUUCUAAGAUGUACAUGUCAAGCAUUUGAGAUUCUGCCCUAACAGCUGUGCAAACCAUGAACCCAAUCUGCCACCACUGACACCUCCCAUCAGCGUCCCUGUAAGCAAAGGAGGAUCCAGCAGGUCCAGAGUCCCCAGAGCAGGAAUUCCCCCUGAGCUGCUGGUUCAGAUAGAACCUGGUUUUGUGGCUGUGUAUGACCCAAGCUGGGGAGCAGCAGAGAUGCUCCCAAAAGUGCUUAACAAAUAAAGCUGGUGCUUUACUGAUCAGGAGAAAAUUAAUUUUCACCCAUAAACACUCACCUCUGACACGCUCAAGCAAGUGAAAAUGUGAUCUGGGGCUGCAGAUGUGCCUUCCAGUUCAUUUUUCUUCUCAGCAUCUUCUCUAGGCAAUGCUGACACUUUCUUUACCUUAAAGAAUAAUAAUAAAAUAAAAAAAAAGGAAAAAAAAGAGAACCCCCUAUGCAUCAUCAUACCCAGAGUUAUUCUAAAAGAAGAAACAUAUUUCCAGUAAUCUUUAUUUGCUUUUGGACAUUAAUGCAAACUAUGUAAGCUUCAAAAUUAUUUCCCAGUAGACAGAAAGCGGCUUCCAAUCCUAAAAUUAUGGUAUUUACUUACAGUACAUUAGAGAGAUUUUUUUUUUUUUUUAAACAAGAGCUGUUUGCUUGAAACCAUUAUAGUAACCAUUAUAGUAACUGUGAGCAUUAACAAAGAAGUUCAUAUAUAUGUUUUAGGUACAAAAAAGAAGAAAUAUGAAAGGAGUGGAAUUUCUGGGACAAUGUAAAACUGUUGGGAGCAAGAAACAGUCACACCAAGUCAAUGACCUGAACCUGUCUGUGGAUACAGGGGUUGGCCCUUGUGUGUUUGGGAUACUGGAGACUGGCUCUAGGUGCAGCUCUCCUUCUAAAGUGCAAUGCAAAAGGAAUUUUGAUUAUGCUUGAGCAGGUUUUGUUUUUGUUUUGUUUUUUUUAUGUGGGGUUUUAUUUUCUUUGUAUGUUUUUUUCUGCGAUUAUUAAAUCAUAUGCAUGGAUUAAACUCUGCCAUAUAGUCA